UCCCCUCCACUGCCCUCCCCAAAGUUGCCGUCUCCCCUGGGGCCGGCCAGUCUUAUGAUCCAGCGGAUCCUCCUGGGGAGGCCGGGCCGGGGAGAGGGCGCCGAGCGGCGGGGGCAGCGGGCGGGCGCGGCGACCGGGGCCCGGGCGGGGAUCCGGGCAGCGACAGAGGCGGCGGCAGAGCCCCGUGCCCGCCGCCCCCUCCCCUCGGGCGGGGGGAGCCGCUGCAUGGGGCCGGGGGGGCGGCCCUGCUGCGCGGAGCGGCGGCGGAGGCAGACCCCCCAGGCGGGCUGGGGCUGAGCCCGGGGCCGGGGCGGGGGCUCCGGGGGGACCAUGCCCGGAGGCCGGCCGGCCGCAGCAUGGCUCACGGGCCCGGCGCGCUGAUGCUCAAGUGCGUGGUGGUCGGCGACGGGGCGGUGGGCAAGACGUGCCUACUCAUGAGCUAUGCCAACGACGCCUUCCCGGAGGAGUACGUGCCCACCGUCUUCGACCACUACGCAGUCAGCGUCACCGUAGGGGGCAAGCAGUACCUCCUGGGACUCUAUGACACGGCGGGACAGGAAGACUAUGAUCGUCUGAGGCCUUUAUCUUAUCCAAUGACCGAUGUCUUCCUUAUAUGCUUCUCUGUGGUAAAUCCAGCCUCGUUUCAAAAUGUGAAAGAGGAGUGGGUACCCGAACUUAAGGAAUACGCACCAAACGUACCCUUUUUAUUAAUAGGAACUCAGAUUGAUCUCCGAGAUGACCCCAAAACUUUAGCAAGACUGAAUGAUAUGAAAGAAAAACCCAUUUGUGUGGAACAAGGACAGAAACUAGCAAAAGAGAUAGGAGCAUGCUGUUAUGUGGAAUGUUCGGCUUUAACCCAGAAGGGACUGAAGACUGUUUUUGAUGAGGCUAUCAUAGCCAUUUUAACUCCAAAGAAACACACAGUAAAAAAAAGAAUAGGAUCAAGAUGUAUAAACUGUUGUUUGAUUACGUGAGAAACAUCUUCAGUGGCCAAGGAAACUGUCCAUUUCUCUCAAAAAGCAUAUGAAAUGCUACAGCUAUACCCAGACAUCUGAUAAUGAAGCGGUUUAAAACUUGAAAGAAAAAAAAACCCAAAAAACCCUGUCCUCAGAAUUCUAUAAAAUUCAUUAAGAAUGUUUCUUAAAUAAGGUCCAAGAAGCAGCAAACAGCAUCUGAAGCCACAAUCUAUUAUAAAUACUUUAUUUCAACUAGAAGGUACAAUCUCUCAGGGGUUUCAUAGUUUAAAAAGCUACAAUCACAUCAUGUUGUAACUACAUAAAAACAAAAAACAAAAAAAACACAACAGUGCUGUAAAUGGAACUGCCUGGCUUAGACCAUAUACAUUUCUGCACAGUCUUUAUGGAAUCUGCACAAAGAAAUAUCUUCUCCCUUUGCUCCAAUUAAUUGUUCUUGUAUGUAAGUUGCUUUCUAUUCCAGUAUAUCCAGAGUGGUGAAAUCACAAGGCCAGCCACGUAGCCAAAGGUCGCUCCAAGCGUACAGGAGAUGGGCCAUACCUGAGGAGAGAAUGUAUGAGAUCAAAAAAGAACAACUGUUUUAUUAUUACUUGAGCACAAGUGUAACCUAAAUAUUUCUAUAUUAAAGCUUAAUGUGCUUUCUUAAAGAAUGCCAAAAGUGUAAUAAGGUCAUAACUGCAUUUAUCACGAACACUAAAAAUGUACACAUUUUUAUGUGCAUUCAGCUGUAACAAGGCAUCUGGCGACUGUAGAUUUAGUUUGAUGCUCCCCAAACUGCAUGAGAUACAUCCUAAAAUUACAAAUUAAAAUUCUGGGUUAGACUUUGUCAUAAUCCUGGACUCGAUAUAGCUGUCUGAAGUAGUUGGCAAUUUUGUUCUUUAAUUUCCACCUUGGCUUAUAUAUACAAUGAAACGAGAAGUGUAUGUUGACCAAAGUAGAAGAAAGUUGAAUCUGUGCUAAAGAGAACAGACCUAGAAUUCAAGCAUGUUACAUGGAAUUUAUAACAAAGCAACUUCCAUAAUAAAACUGAUGUCACCUUUCAGACACAGGUAUUGGAACCAUAGCAGGAGUUCUAGAGCCACAACUUCAGUACACACCUAGAGCGUCAGUUAAAUACUGGCUUCUAAAUACCUAUCUUCUCCAGCCAUGUUACGUUUCGCACUAUUACAUCAAGCAAGCCAGAAGUGUAAAUAAUGUUGAUUUCUUUCAUCCACAAGCAGUGCAUGCCGGUCCCUAGGUGAAAGGCCCUGCUUUAAAAAAAAUUAUGUUCAUCUGAGAAGCUUACUUGGUAUACUGGAGCCAUUUCUAAUCUUUCUCUGGGGGAUCAGGCCAUAGAACUGUGUUAGAGGUGAACCAUCUUAAUUACUAGUUCUAUAACCUAAUUAAGCUUUCUUGUUUGGUCUGCUGUGGAUCCGCCUUGUUCCAAGUGCCAUGCAACAGACAAUAGUGUUAGACAAAAAGUUUCCGUGUGAACAAAUUAAUGCGGUUCAGAGAAGCAUAAUCUAACCCAUAAAAUUUUCUCCAGUCUUUCCUACAUUUAAACUUGCUGUUGACUAAAUUAUGAUUUAUUUAUGUCUUUGGUGAGCUUCUGUUAAUUUCCAUGACUUGAGCUAAUAGCUGUGUCUAUUGCACAGAUUGGGUAAUGGAACACUAAACUUUUAUACUUGAAAAUGACAGCCUUAAAUGCUCAUUAUCAGUCACAAAUCUAGGAUGUACUGUCUUGUAUGUGAGCUUUGUAGAGAUUUUUAAAAAUACAAGCAUCAUCUUCCCCAUUGAAGAGUGGAGAGUCUACUGGAUAACUAGUCAGGAACUUUCUUUCUGAACUGGACAGUGGAUGUCUUCCUUCUCCCAAGAAGUGAUGGUUCACAUUAAGUACCAUGGCCUUAUGUAUGCUCAAAUGGAAUCCUUAUGUACUUUCUCACUUAAUUUGGGUCUAUUAAUUAUUAGCUAUUUUUAGAACUGAAAAUAAUUGCAUAAAUCAAUUAGUAUAUGAGUUAAGUUGUCCAACACAUGGUAUAAAGGAAUUAAGACAGUAAAGUAUUAUACAUUUCCAACUUGACUUUGGGGGUUUGAUGGGGAUUUUUUUUUUCUCAAAUUCACCUCUGAAACUUUCCACACCUGGGUUUACUAGCCAGUUAAAAUUAAAAGCUAGAAUUUGUCCUGCCCCAAGAGAAAUGGACUAGGAAUCUGGAAACACAAACUCUGAUGUCACCUCUGUUUCCUGCCUGGGCCUCAGUUUCCUCAUCUAUAAACAUGGGAGGUAGAACGAGAGGAUCUCCAACAUCUCUCCCAUUUAUCAACUCUUCUGAUUCUCUUCUUUUUUUGGACCUUACCUUUUCAGCUGCACAUUCUUAAGAUGGUAAAAAUCCUGUACAUAGAUUAUUAGAACUCUAAGCAAAGAUGAUUGUAUCAUCUGAACCUGAGGUGCCUUAGGUACUCUAUUGACCUUGAUGGGGUUUGGAGUUUCCCAUUGCUUAUUAAGAGCCUUUUCAUUGCUUUGGUUCUUUAGGAUUUCUUUUUGCACUCAAUCCUUCCUGUCACUUUAACUAAAAACCAAAGAUUUGUUUUCUAUUCAUAAGCAGAUUAUAGAAAAAUUGCCUUAUUUUCAGAAGCAUGUCUUCAUUAAAGACUUAAGUUUCAGUAGAAAUUGAGACUAAUCACUGGAACAACUAGUUCAAAGUAGUCAAAUAUCUGGGAAAUAAAAUACUUCAAAAAUAUCUGACUGACAUGAAUUUUGCUAGUUAAUGCAAAUGCAUUGCUUCAAAUAAGGUCAUGUAUGAAUGAAUUUAAAAGAAACGUACCGUUAAUUUUUUUUUGCAUAUAAUCAAUUCUAAAGUUCUCAAGAGUAAUUUUAGGGGCUCCCUGAAAUCUUAUUUAAUACUUUGCUAACUUGUACCCUUUUUUUGUCUCUACAGAUACAUUUUAGGUUAGCCCAUGUUGAAUUAUCUUAUUUCUAAUAAGUAGAGCCUGAAUUAAUGGUUUUUAUUGUGAAUUAGUUACUUUAGGCAUUGCUUCCAUUUGAUUUCUAAUUAUUACUUUUAAGUACCAAAUUAAAUACUGGUUUGUUGGUUGUUGCUUUUUAAGUGAUUGUUACUUUAACAGUGUCCCAUUUUAACACAUGGGGUUAUAAAUAAAAUAAUAUGCAUAGUUUACUAUCUAUGUAAAGCAUUGAACUUCUUACCUUAGUUUUUAUUUAACACCCAAUGUAAACAUUUGGGAUAAUACUCAUUCCUCUGUUUCUCAUGCUGUGAGUCUAAUCACCAGCCAAGUGUGAGCACCUGCACUUUGUUAAAAAGCGCAUUGUCAAAGUGUAGACAGAAUAAUAAUCCCUCGUGAAUCCCAGCCAGAUUCCAAUUUGGGUCACUUCUACUUGAAUCACUCUGUAAUUUCAGUAUGGCUCUUUGUUUCCAAACACGUACAUACACAGUCACACGCACAUUCUUUAAACAGCUGCCUACCGCACCUCCGGUGGAAUGCCAAAGAUGAAAUAUUAGCUUAAAAGUUUUGUCUAAUGAGGGGCGAGGGCUUAGAACACUUGCUAUCUAUUCAGUUCUCAAGAAAUCCAAGCCAUCAGCAAGUUAAAAUGUUGGACUGGCUUUGAAGACUGUUUGCUAGUGAUGGAUCAGGUUUUCCUGCUUGACUUUCCUGAAAUAAGUAGCCCUUAACUCUAACACAUUUUUUUUAAAGGAGAAUUUCUUCAUUUAAGGGCAACCUUUCUGAUUUUUUAUCCCCAGGAUAGGGAAUGGCAAAAAAGAGCAGCUGAGUGGGAGGCUGCCCACUAAAUCACCUUUCCUCUAAAGUCCUCAUGAUUGAAUUUCCUACUAAGCUUCUUACAACUGCUUUAAAAAAUUUAAAACUACACAAUGGCAACAGAUUUCAUAAUGACUUAUCAAACUAUCCCAGCUUCAUCACACAUUUUCCUACUUUGAUCUUGGGGUCUUCCAUUUAAAACUGUGUACUUGUCUCACACACAGAGAUGCUUCUGAAGUUUAACAUUCAUGCUACAAGCAGGCUUAAAACAACUGUGGUAUCAUCUACUGAACAGACAAUCCAACCACAAUGUUAUAGACAUUUCUCCAAAUUAUGGUCAUCUGGGAUAGCUAUAUAUAAUUAUCUUGUUUUGUUUAAAGAAAAUAGAAAACUCAAAGACCUUCAUGUAAAGAAAGUCAUUCACAAGUGUUUGCCAUGAAAAUGACCACCUUCUUUUUAUCCAGUUUUUUAUAAAGUAACAAAAUGUUUUAACCACUAAAUGGAAGAAAAAAAUCCUGUUGCAUGACAAAAUUUAAUGCAAGUGGGUAAAAUGAUUACAAUUAACUGUUAGAAAACCUAUUUUUAAAAAUAAGUAGCUACAUCACAUGAACAAAGCAUCUUGCUUAGAGUACUACUAUUAUCCUUUCUCUGAACCAAAUGACUUUUUACUGUUUUUCCAUCACUUAAACCAAAAAAGGUCAGUGUUUCCUUAAAAUACUCAACAUUAAGAAAGGCCUAUAUUACAGGGUCUAGGUACAUGAUAUCAGCAAUAAGUUGUGUUAACCUCAGAAAUAAAACAAUUCCACCCUAAUAAGCUAAAAAACAAUUUCUCAGUAAGUACAUAUUUAACUUUGUAUGUUUUCUCAGUUAAAUCAAUAUUCUUGCUGGCUGAACGACAUUUCAAAAUUACACAAGCUUAUUUCCACCUGAAGACCACACUGCUCUCUUCUGAUCAGGCAUUAUUGAUGUAUCUAUAUAGUCUUGGGACUUUUCAAAGUAUGCUCUAAGUGGUACAGAAUGAUUUAAGAACUCUAAUUUUUGUAUUAGACUGAAUUUGAAUCUUGGCUCUGCCAUUUAUUAAAUAUGGAACCCUGUGAAGUCACCUUACUUCGGUACCUUGGUUUCUCACCUGUGAAGUGAGGAACGUACCUCAUCAUAAAACCCACCUCACGGGGAUUGCUGUAAUGAGUAAACGACAGAAUACACUAUGUGGUACUUAGCACCAUGCCUAAAACAGUAUCUGGCACAUAGUACAUGUGAGCUAUAAAUUGCUAAUAAUCUUUUAGUUCAUAUUCCCAGUAGGCACAUCUAAGUUGCCAUUAUAAUCUAGAACACCAUUUCCCCAAAUACACAAUCUCUGAAGCUGAUCCUAUUAAAAAAAUGCUUCCCAAAAUUUGUUAAGUACUUUAAAAAUAUUUUUUAAAAACUACAUCGAACUAAACUCAUGUUUCCUUCUUGCCAAACAUGAUCCACAGGUUUUGUAUGUAUAUGUCAUAUAAUAUCAGGGGCUCACAGACCCCCCACCUAUGGACUCCUGGUGAAGAAUCACUGUACUCGAACCUCACAAGUAUUAUUAACUGUUCUAGUCAGCCAAAGUAAUACAGUGACCCUCUACAUUUUGGUUCAGCAUUUUAAGGAUCAAUUUCAGUAACGUAGAUGGCAUUUGUUAUGUGAUUUGAGAGUAACUUAAAUAUAUUUUAUUAUAAUCUGCACAAUAGUACUUAGGUUCCUUUAAUACAUAUUAAAUGCAAGUAGAUUUUCACCCUUUUCCUGUCACCAAAAUGGCGUCCACAGGUUUUGAUGCCACCACGUGACAGCUAGUCGGGUAAGUCACUGACUAUGGCAGUUUAUGAGCUACCGCAGGUGUCCUAAAGUGAUGAUCAGGUAUUUGAAAUUAGAGGAGGAUUUUUUUCUGAAAUUAGUUUCAGAUAUUCAACAGAAGUUUUAAAAUAACUGUACAAAAACAUUAGGCCACUUAAAAAAAAUCCUUAAUAUUUUGCUUAGGAGCUUUCUUUGGCUCUUCUGGGGAGUAAGCAGCACAGUCAGUGGGGUAGGAAAGGGCUAUGCUGUGGAACCACUUCUAGCUGCAUGGCCUUGGCCAGGUCGCUUACCAUUGGAGCCUGAGUUUCCCAAUGUGCAAAACAGGGAUAAUAGUACCUCUUGUACUUAAAACAUGGGGCAAUUGUACUAUUUUAGAAUCUGUCAUGAAAGCUGUGAAGCACCAUGCAUUGGUAUCACUUUGUAUAUUAUAUGUUUUAACUUGAAAAAAUUAAACUUCUAUGAUCACUGGGACACCUACCUGGGUGGCUCAGUCGGUUAAGCAUCUGACUCUUGAUCUCGGCUCAGGUCAUGAUCUCACAGUUUGUGGGAUAGAGCCCUACGCUGGGCUUUGCACUGACAGCACAGAGCCUGCUUAGGAUUCUCUCUCCCUCUGUCUCUGCCUCUCCCCCACUCACGUGCGCGCAUUCUAUUUCUCUCUCAAAAUAAAUAAACUUUAUUAAAAAAAAACCUUAUAUGGUCACUAAGUAUUUCUUAGGUAACUGACACUGCUAGGUAAUAAUUAGAAGUGGCAGUUUAGAACAAGUAAAAUAGUUCAUGAGCAAUGUUAUCCUGUGCUAUAGGAACUAUUCCCUUGCCUUGGUAAUCCUCUUUAAUACAUGCCAAUCUUCACAUGAAAUGUCUGGGGAGUAAAAGCUUACAGGAAAACUCUAAAAGCCAUACAACACACUGCAUUAUAUUAACCAUAUAUAGCCUCAUCUCAGAAAUAGAAGGGCACAUUUUGCUCCUGGCUGUCAGUUUUUGUAAACUUUAAGAAGCAUAAGUACAAAAACUGAUUUUAAACCAACCACUGGUAGACGUGUGUGUCAUUUGUAAUAGUCUCAUUCGAAUGACUCCAUUCACUCAAAACUACUGAGCCCCUACUAUAAACCAAGCAGUUAAGUUGAAACUAAGAUGAUUUGAUUUUGGAUAUUUAAUUUUAACAGUAAAUUCUUAAAAAUACGUGUUGCAACGGAACUGUAAUCUUUAGAAAGGUAUAGGAUAUCAUAGAUAUCCUAGGGAAACUGAUCUUUCUACAGAUCAGAAAACCUAGAAACAGAACAACUCACAAUCACUAGGAUGACUGGCUCCUCCAGAUAACAAAGUAAGAUAAAACCCAGGGAGCUAGUUCUAAAUUUCCCACAAGCUACCGUUUAAUGUUUAGUUUAUUGUGCUCAUUUACCACAAAUGUCCAUUGGCAUGACACAAUUCAUCUUUCAAAGCCUGAUGACACUUCCACUAGCUUUAAAUGAUCAUUUGUAUUUUCCUGUGUAUUUGAUUGUUAGUGAUGCGUUUUUCCAGAUGUUCUUAAAGCAAAUGCUAUUUCUUGUCUGAUGUAGAAAUACAUUAUAGAUGAAUCUACUCACCCGAAUGCAUUUCUAUGGUUUAAGUCUGCACCGAUCCAGGCAUACCGUACCACUUUCCUAUGACCAAGCACACGUUUAGAAGAGCUAUUUGUGGAGAGGUGUGUAGUCUCCAACCUGCAACUUUUUGUUGAAGUGAUGCUAACCUAUAGUGCUCCUUGCCAAGAUUGUGAAAAUAAAUUAACCUGGCUAGCACCAGUCUUUCUCACGUGGAAGUCCUGCCGGCAGAGUAUUAUCAGCAUGAUUACCAUACAAUGAACCCACCUUUUAAAUACAAAACCAUUGCAUUGAGGAGGGCCCCUGUUGGGAUGAGCACUGGGUGUUAUAUGGAAACCAAUUUGACAAUAAAUUUCAUAUUAAAAAAAUAAAUAAUAAAUAUAAAACACUUGCUGUCAGUUAAAUAUUAU